AUGUCUGCUAAGGUUUACGUCGGUAACCUCUCCUGGUCCACUGACGACAACAGCCUCCAGGGAGCUUUCUCCCAGUUCGGCCAAAUCGUCGACGCUAUUGUGAUGCGUGACCGUGAUACCGGCCGCAGCCGCGGUUUCGGUUUCGUCACUUACUCCUCCGCUGAGGAGGCUGAAGCUGCUAUCGCUGGCCUGAACGAGCAGGAGCUUGAUGGUCGUCACAUCAAGGUCAACCUUGCCCAGGCUCGUGGCAACGGUGGUGGUGGCCGUGGUGGCUACGGCGGUGGUGGUUACGGCGGUGGCCAGGGCGGCUACGGCGGCGGCCAGGGCGGCUACGGUGGUGGCCAGGGCGGCUACGGCGGUGGUCAGGGUGGCUACGGUGGCCAGCAGGGCGGCUACAACGGCGGUGGCUACUAA